AUAGUAACUGGCGUGAAAUAUAUGUGUAAUUAGUGACUUCUGAUGUAGUUGUUGCUCGUUUAAGAAAUAAGUGGACCAUGAAACAGUUGCGUGAAAUGUAACCUAACAGUGAACUGGAUUUCACAACUGAAUCACAUGAAGCGAAGGAUUUAAUUAAGCAAAAUGGGUAACAAUUUCUUGGAUUCGAGUUUGUCUUCUGUGGUGUCCAUGGACCUGAGUUCCUCAUGGGCAGCUCGGAGCUGGGAAAGCGCGUACGUUCAUCAGAACAGUCCACAGAUACGGGCGAGGUUUCAGCAGAAACAAAUGCAGGAGAAGGAACAGAAACUACUUCGACUGUACGAAAACCAGACUCAGAGGGCGUUUCAACGCGUGGGCCGCAGCAGCGCGGGCAGUUCCUCCUCUUCAGUUUCGUCGACUUCGUCGUCAUUGGGCGCAGGUAAAGUGCGCCAGCUGUUCCAGGAGAGGAGAAAUCAAAACGGAACUAAGGCAGGAUGGUCAGGACCAACAGGUUGGGACCGCAGUUAUCCACUUGAACCACUCGAAAGCACGACAACCACAACAACUAAGCAACGUCUUCAAGCCUCCAAAAGUACCGGUAACCUUAAAGGUGGUAGAGGAACAAGUCUGGAGAGGAACUAUUCCAACAGCAUCGCUACAAGCAACCAGCAGCAGGCAAAGAACCAGAUCCGUCGGUCUAAAAGUCAAGUACGUACUAACAAUUACGUCGUACCUGACCUAGGAGGAAACUUCAGACAGCUAAGUUUGUCUCAGCAGAAAAUCUACGGCUACGAAGAUUAUGAAGACAUUGUAGAUUAUCCGCGGAAUCACAAACCCAGGAUCUAUCAAGACGAGCAGAACAACAGAAUUCGUUUAGAAAGGGAACACAGGGAAGCAGAGAUCUUCCAUAAACAUCAAAUUUACGAUAAAUACGAAGACGAGGGCUAUGUUAUUGAUCAUGAGGAGCCCCCAUUUCAACAGCUGGACGAUGAUGUAGAUGACUUCAAUGAUUCGUCACAUGUGUUUCAGAAACUUCCUAAUGUUGGUGGCCGACUCGUGAUGGAAUCCAAAAUGAAUAAUAACAAUAAUAACGGGGAUAGGUAUAAGACUUAUAACGCAACGCAAAACGGAAUACGUGAUGCUAGGAGGAACAUGAGCGAUAGAGAGGAGAAUGGUAGGAGAAUGACGCCUCCUGCGGCGAAGGAACUGACGCAACGUCGCCGUGACCCACAGGACGCUGUUCCUGUAGCCAAACCCCGGGCUACUAUGGCGACCAAGAAGCCGCAUGCAAAGGUAACCUCUCCUACAUCACCAGCACCACCUAAAAGUGGCAGCACUCCAAAGAAACCAGAACCUGUGAAUCAGAAGGCUUCACCAGAUACAGAGUCUACCAGUUUGUGGGGUAAAAAAAAAGUGCCAGCCAAUGGUCAAAUACCCCAGCAGGCAUCACAACGUUCUCCAUCCACACAAUCCUCCCAUGGAAAAGCUGCCCAAGGAAGCCAAGCAGCUGAAGAUCGUAUCGAGUGCCGAAUAUGCGGAAGACAAUUUGCAUUAGAUCGCAUUGCUAAACAUCAGGAGAUCUGUUCAAAGGCGAUUAAGAAGAAGCGUAGAACGUAUGAUCCGGUCAAGCACCGAGUGCAGGGAACUGAGGCAGAGGCCUUCCUGAAGAUGGGACAGCCAAAAGCAGCACCUCCGGUAAAGAAAUCAAAUUGGCGUCAGAAACAUGAAGACUUCAUCAACACCAUCCGUGCUGCAAAACAGGUGAAAACACAUCUGGCACAAGGAGGGAAGCUGUCUGACCUUCCUCCACCUCCAUCCUCAGACUACUCUGAUUACAUCCAAUGCCCUCACUGCUCACGACGCUUCAACCAGCAUGCCGCAGAGCGGCACAUUCCAAAGUGUGCCAACUAUGUAUUCAAUAAACCAAAACAACCACAAGGAGGCAAAGGAAUACCAAGUAAAGGUGUGGUACCCAGGAAACGUUGAUAUGGAAACAGUCUUCUUCAAUAUCCUUAUGAAGAGAAUCAUUACUCACACAACCUUUUUAGAAACUACAAUCUACAUAGUUAACAGUGAAUAUAAUUUUAACAUAUUAGCAUUUAUCAUUAGUUCCCUCAGAUUACAUGCCAUUGCAGACUGAUGCUUAAUAUAUGAAACAUAUGUAUUAACAAGAGAAUCAUAUUCUUUAUAUAGACAGAUGUAUUACUUUACUUAUAAGAUAUUUUAAUAUAAAAUAUGUUACAUUUAAUUUAUAUUUUAACUACUUAAGAACAUUAAGGCCUAAUGCCAAUAAACAAAGUGGAAAUCAGAACUACGAGGGCUGGAAUACGAUAACAAUUUAGAGAAAUAGUUUAAUACUCUGAACUUCAACAAGGUUCUUGUCUCUUACUGGUAAUCCAGUUUUAAUGCACAGCAUUUUGAUAAAAAGAUGUCAGGAAUAAGAAUCACAGGAAUGUCAGAAGAAACUCAUGGGUUUGCAGUAAAAAUUGAGCCAAUUAAUGCUGUUAUCACACACUCAAGCCUCAAUUUCUUCAUCUUACCACAUAAGGAAUCUAAUGUUCCAAAUACUUCAUGUUCUUCCACUUAAAAUCAAUAAUAAAAUAUAUUAAUAUUGCAUAUAAGCUGGUAAACAAAAUGUAUCUAUUUUAAAAUAAAAUUAACUGUUUCUGAUAAUACAGAUAUCAUUCAUUUAUGUGUAAUAUGAUGUGAGGCCCUCAAACCACUAAGUAUUAAGGUUAAAGAUAUUCUUAGAUAUAAUUCUGAGUAAUAUAAUACAUGGUACCAACACUUCAGAGGAAUGUGCCCCAAAUCUUUCUACUUAUCCACCAUACUGCCUGAUACCACCAUCCAAAAGACCAUAAUCCUAUAUAUAAUACUGCACAUUAUUAAAAACAAAAUUAAGAGCAUUCAAGUGCAGAAGAUUCAGUCUCAUGGCAGCUGAAAUUAUCUAUUGUUCCAAAAUUGAAUACAUCACCUUUUACAGGCUCUUGCUGACAAUAAGCAAACACACCAGAAAAGGCAUGAAACUGCUGAAAAAUUUCAUCCUGCCUGACAGCAGAACUUACAGAAAACAUGUGUACACUAGAGUUACAGAUCACUUGGAACAAAGUAAUCUUAUGCAAACAGUUUUCAGAUUAAUAUCAUACUGUCACUCAGGGAAAAUUUUUAGCUGUUUUUUUUAUUAUGGGAUAACAGGCAUAUAACUUCUGUCUAAACAAUACAGCUUUGAUUAGAGACAUACCUGAAAACUCAAAUUUACCAUGGAAAGAAGAAAUGAACACCUACAUGGCAUGUAAACUAACCCAAGAUCAGCAGUCAAACAGAACCUGUGUAUAAAUGAAGCACAUUUCAGCAGCAGCUCUAAAUGGGGGCUACACGUACCCCCUGAAGCCUCAUACAUGCGUACAUGAGAUAUACUUUAUACAUUAUCAAACACUGGUCAAAAAGGCUAAAACUCAUUUUGACUGCUUUCUUCUAUACAAUUAUUUGUGCACAUCAAGUAAAAAGAAAGUUUGUUUAAAGUGAAGAAGUGUUGUUUGUGUCCCACCACAUUUAUAAAGUACAUGAACAUGAAAUCUGGACCAAUAUAAAGUUGUCACAGGAAAGCAGUAUGUAAAGUUCCACUCAAAGACCAAGGGCUAUAUGAAGUUUCACUACCAGACAAAAAGGUAUGCAAAUUUUCACUCUAAAACCGACGAGUACACUGACCGAAAACCAUUCAGAAAUAUUGUAUUAAAAUGAAGUUCUUUUAAUCAUUUCCUUAUUUUUCUCUUCUCCCCAAUUUGUAAACAUAUCAAAUGGCUUCAUUAGUAUCUUAUCUGAAUAUUUAAAACUGUACAUCAAUAACAUGUUUCUCAGGAUUUAGUAAAAACAAAUCCAUCUUUUAUUUUUAAUGUAAAAAAGGCUAAUCAGUGUUCAUAAAGAGAUGUAUCUCAAUUAGGUGGGUUUCAGAACAACAAAUAAAUGAGUUUUAUCAACAACUGGAGUAAAAGCCCAUCUUCAGCCUUCAAGGUCAUUAUUUUGAUCAUUAGAUCAGACAUUUGUCAGCAUUCAGUAGCAAACAAAGUCUGGUUUUCCCAUGGAUACAGCCUCAAUGUAUUACCAUUUGCCAAUGUGCACAAUGGGCAUAAAAUAAAUAACAAUUUAAAAUACUGAAACGUUUUAGAUAUGUUUCUUCAAGUAGUACUUUAGCAUUACAUUAUGACAAUUUUAAAUCUGCAUACAUUUUUGAUACUAACUACAUAACAUCCAACUACCUGAAUGUUCAACUUAGGCAACUGAAAUAUGAGUUCCAGAAAAAAUGUUGCCACUGUGAUAAAUGUAAUGAGAUUUGUAUGAGAUAUUAUAUUUUAAAACUCUAGUCUUAUGAAGUUUCUAGGCAGAAGGGUGCAUUAUGGGAAUUUCAGAAACUUAAAGCAGAAUAUAAUAGCUUGCAGAAGCUGCAUCAUAACACUUGUAUGGUAUAUAAGCCAAUUAUAUAUUUUAUACUGCUACCAGGAGUAUAUGUCAUCAUUCAAUGACACACCAAUGAGAUGGGAUCAAUAAAUAACAAUCAUUUGUAAAUGACUCAUUAAA